UCUCUCUUCCUGUCUCUGUGCAGUGAACUGAAGUGUGAGAUCCGGACGAAGAAGAGAGAAACAUUAACGGCAGGAGGAGGCACGGAGGGAGGAUAAGGAAGAAGGGAGGAGGUGUAGUAUUGUCUGGCUGGGAUGAGAGUAUUUAUAGUGGAGAGAUGAGGAAUUAGAACAACAGCGAGGAGGGAAGGAGGGAGGCAGAGGUACAAAGAAAGAAGGAGGAGGAUCCCAACACAACAAGAAGAAAAGGGAGACAAAGAGGAGGAGAGGCAGAGUGGGACAUCAUGCUGAGGAGGAAGAGGAGUGUGUCAUUCGGAGGCUUUGGAUGGUAAGAAUGUCUUUGUUUCAUUCUUCCUGAAACAGACAAAAGAUCUCAUCUUCUUCACACUUUCGGGGAUUUUGAGUUCAUUUCCAUCCUGAGCUGCACUGAAGUGACAUCACUGUGACAUCAUGGUUGCAACAGCUCCCCUUCUCCAACAUCCGACGAACCAAAUCCCAUGUUUCCUGACUGGAGACAAAAGAAAGGAUUGAUAAGUCUACGGUCAGCGCUCUGAGAUCUCGCUCUCUGAGCGAUUAAGGCCCCGUAAUCCUGCUGCUCUGUGACGUUACGGUGGAGAGGAGGAUGAGGAGGAGGAUGAGGAGGAGGAGGAGGGGUAAUGCUGCUCUAGUAGAUUGUAGUGAGAUGCUCAGUAACCGACAGCUACGCCACAAUGCUGCACAUCCAGUGCAAACAGGACCUCCUGACCAUCUCCACUGUUCCCAAUGCUGACUGCCCCCCCUCUCCCCCCCGUACUGCACCCCCCACCAUGAAGUCGGCUCACUUCUUUGACAUGAUGGACAAAAUGGAGCAGGUGCCAGAGGCGGCCGAGAUGAAGACAGUCCCUCAGAGACAGAAGGACGACUACAUUCCUUAUCCAGGGAUCGAGGAGGUGCUGGAGAGGGGAGGUCCGUACCCUCAGGUAAUCCUGCCUCAGUUCGGGGGUUACUGGAUCGAGGAUCCUGAGGCUCCGCCUCCUUCCACCUCUCUAGUGAGCAGGGGUGAGGAGGCGCAGGAUGGAGGAGGACUGGAAGGUAGGGAGGAGGAAAAAACUCCCCCAGGGGAUAAUGGGUACCAGCUGGAGGAGAUCAACGAGGCCGCUCGGGCGUACAGGAAGCACUUUGUGGGCAGGGAACAUCUGAACUUCUUCUGCUCGUCCAGCGGUCUGGGAAACCUGCUGCUGUCGGUCCGGCACGAGGAGGAAAGGGACCACGAGUACCUCCAUGUUAUCAUCAGGUGUCGGGUGAAAAGCGUCUACCACAGAUUAUCCCUGACGGAGCUGCCGGACAUUCCGAGCGUUCCUGAGCUGGCCAAGCUGCUGUGUGAGGAAGCAGCAGGACUCCGGUUCAGCCCCGUCCUCUACCCAAAGGCGUCUCAGCUGAUCGUGAACUACGAUGAACACGAGGUAAACAACACCUUCAAGUUUGGCGUGGUUUACCAGCGGUUUGGACAGGUGUCUGAGGAGGAGCUGUUCACAAACAAUGAGGAGACGCCAUCAUUCACGGAGUUCCUGCAGCUGCUUGGAGACACGGUGGAGCUUCAGGACUUCAAGGGGUUUCGGGGGGGUCUGGAUGUGUCUCAUGGUCAGACUGGGUCUCAGUCCGUCUACACGGUCCACAGAGAGCAGGAGAUCAUGUUCCACGUGUCUACCAAGCUACCCUUUACUGAGGGAGAUGCUCAGCAGCUACAGAGAAAGCGUCACAUAGGAAAUGACAUUGUGGCAGUGGUGUUUCAAGAAGAGGCCACGCCCUUCGUCCCAGACAUGAUCGCCUCCAACUUCCUCCACGCCUUCAUCCUGGUGCAAGUGGAGGAUCCCUGCUCUGACAGCACCUCCUACAAGGUGUCCGUCACAGCUCGAGAGGAUGUUCCAUCAUUUGGCCCGCCCCUCCCAAAUCCUGCCAUCUUCAAAAAGGGUCCAGAGUUCAGAGAGUUUCUUCUCACUAAACUGAUCAACGCAGAGCUGGCCUGCUACAAGAGCGACCGCUUCGCCCGUCUGGAGGAGCGAACCCGGGCCGCCCUGCUGGACAGCCUCCACGACGAGCUGCAGAGGCGCUCACAGAGCAUGCUCGGAUUGACUUCCGGUCUGGAGGACGAGGGCCGAGCGGAGAACGGGCACACACACGGAGGACUGCUGGAGUCCAUCAAGAGGGCGAUGCGAGGACGGAGCGUAUCCAUGGAAACCAUGUCCCGUGGUGGAGCAGGGCUGCCCACCAGCCUGAGCGGGGGCGGUCUGGCUCACCUGAGCAUUGAGUGCAACGUCAAAUCUCCGGUGAAGAGGAGAUCCGGACUUUUCCCUCGACUGCUGAGCGUCGACAGCCAGACAGAGAAACCCAACCUGAGGGGUCUCCUCAGUGAGCAGCGCAGCUUCGACAGCUGCCACCCGAUGCUGGAGGUCAGGUCCGAGCUGCCGUCCAAUCCCAGCUCUCCGGAGGCGGGACAGCGGGACAGGUGGAGCCAGAUAAAGAAGGACAGCACUAAGAUCUCCAGAUCCACAUCGAGCUCCUGCAGCUUCAGUCUACCUGUGGACGACACACACCUGGCAGUGAUGGCGGAUGCGCAGACUUCCUGUCUGCUCAUCAUCUGCCGCAGCCCCACAGAACUAAAGAACAGAAACUCUCCCAGAUCCAACCUGAAGUUUCGCUUUGACAAGCUGAGUCACUCUGCUGCUCAGGGACAUUAGACGUGAGGACGGCAGCGGGAGAGGAACAACAUGGAGGUUUGGCUGAACAUCGGCCUUCACGCUGGUGCAGGAGUUAGUCUGGACACACAUCUCUAUCUUUGUGAGGACCUUCGCUGACGCUGUGCUUCUCUCAGACUUCGACUCUUUCUUCCUCUCACUGAUGACCAGAUUAAUUCUUUUAUUUAUUUUGAUCAUGCAGGACAGUGAUCAGAGUUUAUCUCUAAUUAUUUAGCUGCUUUUGAUGUUUUACACUGAAGAAAUGAUUCACGAACCUUCUUACGAUCCAGGAUUCCUGCUCUAGUUCAAGAUGAUUCAACCAAAUUUUCGGAGGUUAAUGGCCUGAAUAAUGCAUGAAAGGACGCUGUGAAGUUGUCCAGAAUGUCCUCACUGUGAUGAUGUCCUUCUCACACGAGUCCUCACAAACUCAGACAUGAACUCAUAUUCAGGGAAAAAACUUCCACAUUCCAAGAUUUAAGAUCGCAUAGCCUGUGGUGACCUGAGGCUGGUAGAAGGAAACAAAACGUUAGAUGCCAUUCAUUUCCACCAAUGUUACACAGUAUGUAAGAAAGAGAAGAAAGAAAAAGAGACUCCUUUGGUCAAUCUGUGUCAUCCAGCUGGUUUACAUUAACAUCUAAAGCUGACUUUUCUGACACGCCCUGAAUGCAGCAGCUUUAUAUCACCUGAGUCCAGGUAGACACGUUGGACAGAUUAUCAGAGACUGGAGAGCACCCCUCCCCUGGUCCAGGUUCUAGUCCUGGUUCUGGUCCUGGUUCGGCUUCUAGUUCUGUUUCUGUAAAGGGAUUUUUUUUCUUUCUUUAUUUAGGAGUGAAAAGCAAAUGUCAUCAAUACAUCUGAUUAUUGAUUGACAGGCAGGUCGGGGUAAAAUGUGUGUAAUGGUUUAGAGACCAGAAAUUAAAAGAAAAAUUAACGAGAUGUUAAGUUUUAGAUCAGAAUGCAGUUAAAUUAGAACCACCAGAAAAUGACCCUAACCCUCCCAGUAAGCAUAAUCUCUGCUAUAUUAGGACACGCCCACCCACCUGUGAUUGAUGGGACUCUCCCCCCAGUGUAAUGUAUUGUGUAGUUUGCAAACAAAGAACCCAUUUUGACAAUUUUAGACACUCUGGAUGUGACAACAGCUUUAAUCGUUUCUUUCAGUGUUUUUAACCCCUUGAAGCCAAGAAAUGAUGAGCAGAAAAUUACAUCGUGUUUCACCUGAAGUCUUUAUUUGGCCCUUUAAUAAAAUGUCAGAUAAAUUUAA